ACCAGUGUCUCAGUCAUGUCUGGGGCCAACCGCAUGCUUGACGUGCUACGAGUUGCACGUGGAGCACAGAUGAUUGCUUGUGCGGCAAGCAAGCCGGGAGUUGCUCAAGCCAGUGCCUCACUCUCUGCCGCGUCAGCCGCAUCCAAGGCACUCGGCACAUCCAUUGCCACAGCAUCUGUAUCAGUAGCUCGCCGUGCUGCAGAUGCCAUUGCUGGAGGUUCCGGUCGGGUUACCCAUGCUACCUGCGAGACUCAGGGACAUGUCCUUGCCUACCAUCCUACAGAGAACCCGCUUGAUGUCCAUGAUCACUCCGCAUCGUCGCCAUCAACCGCAUCGACCGCAUUGUCGCCAUCCACCGCGUCGUCUGCAUCGUCGCCAUCGACCGCAUCGUCGCCAUCGACCGCAUCGUCCGCAUCGUCGCCACCGACCACAUCGACCUCAAUCGCCUCGACCGCGACCCCCUCCUCUUCAUCCUCCGCCUCCUUGCCGACGACGUCCUUUACUGGUGCGGCAUCAUCGGCUGAUGGCGCAGACAAAACUGCAUCAGCCGCUGCAUCGACCGAUGCAAAGUCGUCUGCGGUGGACGUUGCGCCGGCGGAGCGGAAGCGGUACACGUCGCGGUCAAGGGAGACUCGGGUGCCGUCGUCCAAGAUCGGACGGAUGUGGCAGUUUGGCUCGCUGACGGCGAGCGUGGGCGCGUCAGUGAUGGCGGACAAAGUUGGGUCGUGGUUUGGCGGCGGGAGCGAGGAAAAGAGCGGGUCGGUGCUGUCGGCGGCGAAUGCGGAGCGUAUUGCCGACGCGCUGUGCAAGAUGCGUGGUGCGGCACUGAAGCUCGGUCAAAUGGUGUCGAUCCAGGACGAGGCGCUGCUGCCGCCUGAGAUUGCUGGGGCACUGGAGCGAGUGCGGCAGGGCGCGGACCUGAUGCCUGGUGAGCAGAUGACUGAGGUGCUGCAGAGCGAGCUCGGGUCUGGGUGGGAUGCGCAGCUUGCCGAGUUUGACCCGGAGCCGAUGGCGGCGGCGUCGAUCGGGCAAGUCCACGCUGCUCAGUUGAAGGAUGGGCGCGAGGUGGUAAUCAAGGUGCAGUACCCGGGCAUUGCCGACUCGAUUGACUCAGACCUGUGGAAUCUGUCGCGGCUGUUGCUGAUGAGCAACCUGCUGCCGAAGGGUCUGUUCCUGGAGAACACGAUCGACGUUGCACGGCGGGAGCUCGGGUGGGAGACCGACUAUGUGCGAGAGGCGCAGGCGAUGACCCGUUACGCGGAGUUUCUCGAGGCGUCGCCAGCGCUCGCUGGCGGGUUUGUGGUGCCUCAGGUAGUGCCGGGCCUCUCGUCGUCGCGGGUCCUGACCGCGACGCGGUUGCCUGGCGAUCCGCUGGAGACGACGGUGGCGGAGAGCCAGGAGGUGCGCAACUCGAUUUCUGAGCGGCUGCUGGACCUCUGCCUCCACGAGCUCUUUGACUGGUCGUUUAUGCAGACGGACCCGAACUUUGCCAACUUUCUCUACGACCGUGAGAGCGGCAAGAUCGGGCUUGUGGACUUUGGCGCGUGCCGGUUCUUCAAGCGGUCGUUUGUGGAUGACUACCUGCGUGUGGUGGCGGCGUCUGCCGAGCGUGAUCGCGAGGGGGUGGUGCACUACUCGCGCGAGCUCGGCUUUCUCACCGGCGAUGAGACGCAGCGGAUGGUGGACAUCCAGGCCGAGGCGGUGCUGCGGCUCGGCGAGCCUUUCGCUAUCCAGGGCGCGUUCGACUUUUACAACCAGGUCAUGACCCGCGAGAUCAACUCGAUGGUGCCGGACAUGCUGAAGUACCGACUCACGCCGCCGCCCAACGAGACGUAUUCGCUCCACCGCAAGAUGGCCGGCACGUUCUUGCUUGUGGGCCGACUUCGGGCGCACAUCGACUGCGCCAAUUUGGGCGGGCUGACGAGCUGA